AUGAAUGUGGCGAAGACCGCGGCGAUCCAUGGUGAUUUGGACCAAAGCAAGCGCGAGGAGAGCCUGACCAAAUUCCGGGAAGGCAAUGCGCAGGUCUUGAUCGCCACAGAUCUGGCCUCUCGUGGUCUGGACAUCAGCGGAGUGAGCUUCGUGAUCAACUACGACGCUCCCAAGGAGAUCGCCACCUAUGUCCAUCGGAUCGGCCGCACCGGGCGGAUUGGCCACCGGGGCACCGCCAUGACCUUCGUCACCAUGGAGGGUUGCUGGUGUCAUGACACCGAUGAAUUCUUGAGAGAGCUUCCAGCGAUGAUGGAAAAGGCUCCGAAUACGGAGAUUCCUCCGUGGCUGGCGGAGCUCUCGGAGCAGAAGAACAACGAUACCUGGUACAGCAAGAAGAACGAUUGGCAAACCACGGAUGUGCGCUAUGAGAAGACGGACAACACGACCUUCGAUGGCUGGGACGUGAAGGAGGAGGAAGAGGGGGGCUCGCAGAAUCUGGGUGGCUGGAGCGUGUGCUUGUUGCGACUGCGCUCUCGUUGUGGUGCCGUGCGCAUUUUCGGACAUGGUGGUCACUUUUCGUGGCAGGCGCAAGUGCAGACUUCGUGGCAGGCGCAGUACUUUAGGAGUAGUACUGUGUGGACCUUGAAGUGCAAAUUUCGUGGCAGUUCUUGGCAGGUGCAGUACUUCCUGGACCUUGAAGUGCAGAUUUCGUGGCAAGCGCAGUACUUUGUGGACCUUGAAAAGUGCAGGUUUCGUGGGAGGGUGGGCCUGGUUGCACUGGUGGAGUAG